AUGGAGGAGGUCGACACGAGACUUUACAAUGUGCUUCUGCAAAAACCCGACGGUGUCGACAACGACACCCUCCAUGAGGCGCUCCCUGACCUCAAGCAAGAAGACAUCGUCAACAGCAUCAACCGACUUUUGCAAUCCGGCCUCCUCGAGCUCAUGCAGGUCGGCACCCGAAUUCUCUACCGCGGCGUCAGCCGCAACGAAAUCGAACGACUUUCCGGCCUAAGCAGCGACGAAAAACUAGUCUUUAAGCAUAUCGAGAACAGCAACAAUGAAGGAAUUUGGGUGCGGACGCUUAAGCAGAAAACCAAUCUUCUCCAGGGUGUCAUUAACCGGUGCCUUAAGGGUUUGGAGCAAAAGGCAUUGAUUAAAUCCGUCAAAUCUGUGAAACACCCGACGCGCAAACUCUAUAUGCUUAUUGAGCUCACUCCGUCGUCGAUAUUACUGGUGGUCCUUGGUUUACUGAUCAGGAGAUGGAUAGUGAUUUUAUUGAUCAACUUGCUGGCCAAUGCUACCGUUUUAUUUAUGCCCACAGUUAUCCUCGUCAUAGCCAGAAAAGCGUCUAUUCCGCAAACCACACUGGGUAUCCGACGUCGUCGCAGGAAACGUCGAGGAGUUGCUUACUAUGUUGGUGUACGAUGGGAAAGUGGAGAGGAUUGCUCCGUCGUUUGAUAUGGGAAUUGGAAGUUCCUCCUCGGCAGCUGGGGGAUUGGGCACGAGAGGGGGAAAGACAGAUUGGAUGUAUCGCGCGUUGAGGGUGAGUGCGAAGGAUUCGCCGUUUACUGAUAUCCCAUGUGGUCGUUGUCCUGUCUAUGAACGCUGUGGAGCUACUGGUGCUAUUACUCCGGCCAAAUGCGACUACUUUAAAAAGUGGCUAGAGUAUUAAGGUAUAUAUGAAUUCUUUUUUAAAAAAAAAGUAGAGUAUAUUUGAAUUUGGAAUAUACAAAAUGAUUAUAUCUAACAAAAAUAAAUAUAUGC